CUUUUUAGGCUUAAGCUUUUGUUUUGAAAGACACAAAAGCUGCAGGCCAGUUUAACACAGUAAACAGACUUAUCAACAUAAAGCUAAGACUGAGUUUUUGUUUCUGACCUGGUCUUUGUGUGUGUUUGUGAGGGGUUUACUUUAGAGCUGUGGUGUCUCCUCUGCAGACGACGACAUAAAUCACUACUUGAGUCUAAUUACGAUGUUUUAAGGAGCCGAGGAACGCGCUCCAUGACUCGUUUUGCGUGUGAAGUUGCUGUUUGUUAAGCGAUAAACGAGCUUUUGUCCUCAUUGCUGCUCCUAAUCACAGGUCUGUUGUUCAGGUGAGUUGUGUGGAGGUUCUGUUCCGUCAUGCCUGAAGGUCUUCUGCUGGUUUUUGUUCGGACGUCCUCUCAAAGUGAGGAGGUUUAGCGUUCAUCUUGAUGGCCCCCAUCCUUCAUGAGGAGGGAAUCUGGGAAUCCCGCCAGCUGCUGCUGCGUUCACACACUCCUCCAAACACAGCAGACGGUGGAAAACCCGCCGGUGACAAGUUCAGGAAAUGUUCAUAGACGUGGAAGUCCCCCGUGGAGCUCAUUCGGAUGUUCGCUGCAGAAGCCAGAUCCACGUCGCAGAAAUCCCUUCUGUUGAGGCUCUUCUUGUGCAUGUUCCUGUCAUUGGGAUCAGUUUGGGUCGAGGUCGUGAGGCGGUGAUGGAGGCGACAGAGUUAGGAAAUGUGGGCUUCUGUACGCCAUGACGGUGAACGGGGUCUCUCAGGAGAGAGGCACCGCUGACUGGUUCGGGGUCAGCGAGGACAGCAACAGCACCCAGCGAUGGAGGAGGAGGAGCCUGCAGCACUGCAGCCAGCUGUACGGCGGCCUGAAGACGCAGGUGAUCAGGGAGCUCCACAGCCACGACAGCCUGUCCCUGCGUAGCACCGAGACCCCGCCCCCUCUCCCACCCCACCUCCCCACUCACCACCACCACCUGGGCAUGCGGAGGCAGGUGGUGGACCCCCUGUCGCGUGGCCGAGCGUUUCGCGUCGCGGACGAGGUGGACGGCCACUUUGUCACUCAGAGCCCCCUCACACCCGGAGCCGCGUCCCUCUGCUCAUUCUCCAGCUCCCGCUCCACCCUCAACUGGUUACCACGGAGACGCAAGCGGGACUCGGUUGCUGUCAUGAGCCUGAAGGCUGCAGCAGCUCUGAUGAAGGGUCGGACAUUGGGGGAGGGGCGUGCCGGGCAGUGCCGGAGGCGGAGUUUCCUGCCCCCAAGUAUCUUUGAAGAGGACACGGUGGAUUUCCCCGACGAGCUGGAUACUUCCUUCUUCAGCAGAGACGGUCUGCCGUAUGACAUAUCCAGCUCUGCCGAUGACGUUUUCGAGACGUCCUCAGAGGCCAACCUCAAACAUCUGGAGGAGAGCGCGCUCACAGGAAGUGUUCACAACAACCUGGAGAGGAGCCAUCUCACGUUCCCUUUGGAGAGAGGAUGGCGGAAGGGAAAAGACGGUUGUCUGAUCCAGCCCAAAGUCCGGCUGAAGGAGGAGGCGGCGGACGCUCAGAACCAUCAGCAGCGCGGUCAGAAAAUCGCCGUUCCCGUGAAGAAGCUGUUCGCCCGCCAGAAGAGGCCGUACGGGCUGGGCAUGAUCGGACGUCUGACCAACCGGACGUACCGCAAGCGCAUCGACAGCUUCGUCCAGAAGCAGAUCGAAGACAUGGACGAUCACAGGCCCUUCUUCACGUACUGGAUCACGUUUGUCCAUUUGGUCACCACCAUCCUGGCUGUCACCAUCUAUGGUUUUGUCCCUUUUGGCUUCUCUCAGUAUGAAACUGUGGACUCAGUCUUAAGGAAUAAAGGAGUUUAUGAAAACGUCAAGUUUGUCCAACAGCAGAACUUCUGGUUAGGGCCGAGCUCGGAAGCCCUGAUUCACCUGGGUGCAAAGUUUUCUCCGUGCAUGCGUCAAGACGAAGAAGUCCACCAGCUGAUCCAGGAGACCAAAGCCUUAGAGAGAGAGUCGGGCUGCUGUGUGAGGAACGACCGCUCCGGCUGCCUGCAGACGUUACAGGAAGAGUGUUCGAGUACUUUGGCAGAGUGGGUCAAGUGGCCUCAGCAUCCCAGCGCUCCAUAUCUGAAGGGUAAACUGCGUCAGCAUGGGUCAGUCUGCCAUCAGGAUCCAAGAAUUUGUCUGGAGCCGGCCUCAGUUUCACCUCACGAGUGGCCAGACGACAUCACGCAGUGGCCAGUCUGCACGCGCUAUAACUCCGGGAAUCACACCAACCUCCCCCACAUCGACUGCACCAUCACCGGCCGGCCCUGCUGCAUCGGCACCAAAGGACGAUGUGAAAUAACUUCCAGGGAGUAUUGUGAUUUCAUGCACGGCUACUUCCACGAGGAGGCGACUCUUUGCUCCCAGGUGGCCUGCAUGGAUGAUGUCUGCGGUCUCUUACCGUUCCUGAACCCAGAGGUCCCGGAUCAGUUCUCCCGCCUGUGGCUGGCUCUCUUCCUUCAUGCGGGGAUCCUGCACUGCGUGGUGUCGCUGUUGUUCCAGAUGUCGGUGCUCCGGGACCUGGAGAAGCUGGCGGGCUGGCUGAGGAUCUCCAUCAUCUACAUGCUGAGCGGCAUCACCGGGAACUUGGCCUCUGCCAUCUUUUUGCCCUACAGAGCAGAGGUACGGGUCGUCUGCAGCCUCACGUCUGCACAACACUGCCCCCAAAAGAGCAACCGUAGGAACUGCAUCCAAAAGAGAAACGUGGACAUAAGCUCCUCCUCUCUGGUCCUCCAGGUGGGUCCUGCUGGCAGCCAGUUUGGCAUCCUCGCCUGUUUGUUUGUGGAGCUGUUCCAGAGCUGGCAGAUCCUGGAGAGACCGUGGCGAGCGUUUGCGAAGCUGCUCGCCAUCUCCGUCUUCUUCUUCUCCUUCGGCCUGCUCCCCUGGAUCGACAACUUUGCCCACAUUUGCGGUUUUGUGUCGGGAUUCUUUCUGUCCUUCGCCUUCUUACCGUACAUCAGCUUUGGAAACUCGGACGCUUUCCGAAAGCGAGUCCAAAUCUGCGUCUUCCUGCUCAUCUUCGUCGGCCUGUUCUCCACUCUGGCCGUCCUCUUCUACGUCUAUCCCAUCAAGUGCGACUGGUGCGAGUACCUCACCUGCAUUCCCAUCACGGACAAAUUCUGCGAGAAGUACGACCUGAACGCACACAUCCUCUGACGGCGGACCAAGCGGGGAACGGUUCUGCAGGAAUACCAGGACGUCACACACGUUCUAUGGAGCUGAAGUGGGGCCGAUAUUAUUUGAAACCCAAAUAAAAUAAUAGUGUUUGGACAAAAAAAAAAUGUCCAAAACUUUUUGCUUUUGUAAAAUACAUGUAAUUAUUCUCAGCUUCAAAUGGUCAAUUUGUUACAUUUCAAAACUAGAAAUUUCAAUUUUUCAAAACAUUUUUUUCAGUUUCAAAUCUUUUUUUUAUUUUUAAAUCUGAAAAUUUCAUUAAACUCCUUUUUUCCUUUUCAGCUCUUUUUUUUUCUCUUUGAACUCUUUUUUUUUUCGUUUUCAAUUCUGAAAAUUUCAAUUUCUAAACUUUUGGCCCCAUUGUGGGCGGAGCUAACAUGAAAAAACCGAUGGGGGUGGAAACUUCAGUCCUGGUGCAUUCAUUGACUCUGAAAACUGUGAUAAUUUUGGUCAGAAAAUGGCCGUUUAGUCUGUACUAUCAUAGUCUGAAGUUGUUCCAAAACCGGUCUAAGAAGCUCUAAGAGUUUUGUUGCGUACAAAACGCUGUUCUGGUCCGUUGAUCUUAUUGUGUCACAAACAGGCAUCAAAGAUGUCCAGAUGUUUGGAAAAAUGGCUUCAUGAAAUCUUCAGACUAUCAAAGUACAGACAAUACAUCCGUUUUCUGACCGGAAUUAUCGCAGUUCUCCAAGUCAGUGAAUGCACCACCCUCAUCGAUUUUGAUUGGUCCUUCGUGUUAGCCCCGCCCCAACGCGCCACAAAGGGGCCAAAAGUUCUGAAACAGAAAUUUUCAGAUUCAAAAAUCA